AUGCCCGAUUCGGAUCGCCCAGAUGGAAUUGUGGGUGCAUAUACUGCGGAUGAUCUUACCGUGAAGAUCACAUUCACCACAUUUUUGGCACUCGCCCUCUACAAUUCUCUGGAAUUGGCAGUGCUGAUCUUCGCUACCUUCAAACGCUAUGAGGGGCUUUAUUUCUGGAGCUUGCUGCUAGCCGGCCUGCUGGGAGUAGUUCCCCAAUCGGUCAGCUUCAUUCUCAAGUACUUCGACUUCGCACCCCUUUGGUUCACCCUCACGUUAUCAACUAUCGGAUGGUAUUUCAUGGUAACAGGCCAGGCCCUGGUACUGUUUUCUCGUCUUAAUCUCGUUGUACAAAACCGCAAUGUUCAACGAUUCGUACUGGGUAUGAUCAUCUGUGAUGCUAUUGCGUUACAUAUCCCAACAACCGUUCUUACUUAUGGCUCAAAUUUCAUCGGGUCCUCGAUGUGGGUGCAUGCCUACACAAUCAUGGAACGCAUCGAACUCACUGGAUUCUGUCUCCAAGAAACCAUCAUCUCGGGUCUCUAUAUCUUUCACUCAGUUAAGAUACUGCGGCUCUUGCCUCCGAUGGGGAACAACACAGACCCUGGCCGUGCCAUCCUGUACCAAACACUUGCCAUCAACUUUCUGAUCAUUCUACUGGACGUUUCGUUAAUGACCAUGGGAUUCCUCGAUUAUUUUGUGAUUCAGACAACAUUCAAAUCAUUUGUGUACAGCCUGAAACUCAAGCUUGAAUUCGGGGUUCUGGGCCGUCUGCUAUCUUUGAUGCGAUCACGGCGACAUCAAGUGGACGGGCAUCAAUCGCACAGUGCAUCGAGGAAAGGAAAUUCCGGUGCCGAAUAUUCAGUGUCUGUCUCGAGCAAAGCUCAAGAUAAUUUCCCGCUAAGACCUCUACCAGGGUCAUGGCAGCGAAUUGAGGGUGACACUUAG